AUGAAGACGACACGCGUGCGUCAAGAGCUGCCGUCAACCGCGUCCACUGGCGCCCUGCGCUACCGCCGCAAGGUCCCGCUGCCCGUCGACAAGCAGCAGCCACAAGCUUCCACGCCGUCGCCUCCUGCGUCCAAGCACCAGCCGAAAAGGCCGCACCCUGCGCCUAUCCAGCCCCAACCUCUUGCGCAGGAGCUGCUGGAUAGCAGACCAUGUCGCCGAUCCCCAGCAGGUCGUCGCUUCCGACCCAAGUCCAGACGCUUCAGGCAACAGAAGCAAAAUCAGCAGCCAAUGGUGCUCCAGCAGGUGUUGUGGAAAGCCAAGGCCAUGCAGCAGUCGACUCCUGCCGCACUCGCGGUGACGCUGGGACAGCUGCAGCAACGCGGCUGUAAGGAAGACGCUGAGACGCUGCGGAAGGUGACCAAGACGAAGCAAGUGGACGCAGCGGCACGUGACGUGUCGUCGUCGUUUGCAGCGGGGCUGUCUAGUCAGGAGACGCAGAGCGGAUCGGAGGACGAGACGGUCUUUCUGCCGUAUUCUAGUGGUGUGAUGCCGUCAAUAGAGUGGCGAGUGGACAAGGCACGGGAGGAAGUCGUGCACGAGACGGAAAGAGCGGACUUGGCUCGUCCUGCGACGCUGGCUGAGGAGAUGAGGGACGACCAGGUUGGAGUCGAAACGACAGCAUCGACGCGUGGGACGCAGCGGCAGAAGUACAAACUUAAGCAGAAACAGCGACGCAGAGCAGCGAAGGAGAAGAGAAGGACUGGACAUCGAGCACAUGUGGAACACGAGCAGCUUUGUGCUAGAGAAGACGGUGGAGAGACACUGAAGGACGAGGCUGCAAAGGCAGACGUUGAUGUGUGUCGUUCGGUGCUCUUAUCGGUGAAGGAAGCGGCACCGUGUAUUGUAGUAGGUGACGUGGCGUGCCCCGUCGUAGCUGAUUCCGGUGAACAGGCUGGUGAUGCAACUACGGCGUCGGAACAAGGCAAGUUUGGCGAAGCAAGUGGUCAGGAGAUUGUACCGGGGUCUUGUCAGCGUACGACGGGUCCCCUACUGCGUGAGAGGCCGAUGUCGUGUCGUGAGAGUUUCGUGGUGGAGAAGUCGGGUUUUGAUGCGGCUUCAAGCUAUGAUUUCUUCAAACACCGCUUUUGUGAAAUCCAGAGACACAGCGGUAUCGUGUACUACUGA